AUGUUUAAUAUAGUAAGUUUUAGCGAUGAUGAUAUAUUAAGAUGGGUAAAUACUGAUGGAUCAUCCCAUAUUCUCCCUACUAUUAAAAUAUAAGUAAGAGGAGUUGGAAUUUUUUCUCUCAGAACUCUUCAAGUUUCGUAAUUCGCUAAAAGUUAUUACAGAUAUCAUAAUUUACUUAGUAUGCCUCUUGAAAAUUAAGGAGGAAACGAAUCUACAGGAUUUUACUGGGAAAAAAUAAUCAUCGAAGACUAAUGA